AUGGGGACCACAGAAGCCACCCUGCGGAUGGAGAAGGUGGAGGUGAAGGGCGAGUGGCAGGAUGAGGACCUCCCCAGGCCGCUCCCAGAAGAGACAGGCAUGGAGUUGCUUGGUAGCCCCGGGGAAGACGCAUCCUCCCCGCCCACCGCCCUGAACUUCGGGGGAGCUCACCGCAAGAGGAAGACCCUGGUGGCCCCGGAGAUCAACAUCUCCCUGGACCAGAGCGAGGGCUCCCUGCUGUCCGAUGACUUCCUGGACACGCCCGAUGACCUGGACAUCAACGUGGACGACAUCGAGACCCCCGACGAGACGGACUCGCUGGAGUUUCUGGGGAACGGGAAUGAACUUGAGUGGGAAGAUGAUACCCCUGUGGCCACUGCCAAGAACAUGCCCGGUGACAGUGCAGACCUKUUUGGGGACGGCGCAGCAGAGGAUGGCAGUGCCGCCAACGGGCGCCUGUGGCGGACGGUGAUCAUUGGGGAACAAGAGCACCGCAUUGACCUGCACAUGAUCCGGCCAUACAUGAAGGUGGUCACCCAUGGAGGGUACUAUGGCGAAGGUCUCAACGCCAUCAUCGUCUUUGCGGCCUGCUUCCUCCCGGACAGCAGCUCCCCUGACUACCACUACAUCAUGGAGAACCUCUUCCUGUACGUCAUCAGCAGCCUGGAGCUCCUGGUGGCCGAGGACUACAUGAUCGUGUACCUGAACGGCGCCACGCCCCGGCGGAGGAUGCCGGGCCUCGGCUGGCUGAAGAAGUGCUACCAGAUGAUUGACAGGAGACUGCGGAAGAACCUGAAGUCCCUGAUCAUCGUCCACCCCUCCUGGUUCAUUCGCACUGUGCUGGCCAUCUCCCGCCCCUUCAUCAGUGUCAAGUUCAUCAGCAAGAUCCAGUACGUGCACAGCCUGGAGGACCUGGAGCAGCUGAUCCCCAUGGAGCACGUGCAGAUCCCAGAGUGUGUGCUGCAGUACGAAGAGGAAAGACUCAGAGCGCGGAGAGAGAGCGCGAGGCCCCAGCCAGAGUUCCUCCUGCCCAGGCCUGAGGAGAGGGCAGACGCAGCGUCGGAGGAGGACAGGUAAAUGUGCAGGUGUCCACGGGCGACAGGUGACACCCAGGGGCUGCCUGGCCCAGCCUAGGGGCCAGCCACAGGGCCCGAGGCUCUUUCCAGAUGGUCCCCCAGUGCCACAGGAGCCAAGCCCGGUGACGGGCACACGUGUUUCUGGGGACCGCUCACAGGGACGUUGGUGUGUAGCAAGUUAAGGCAGCUCCCAGGUCACCUGUUCCGCGUCUUCUGUCCUCGGGGCUUCCCAAGGUCAGGGCCUCCGACAGGGACYGUCCCCUCCUCCUCCCUGCAUCAGCACACACCAGGAGACCCAGUUCUGCUCUCAGAGAAGGUUCUAGAAGGUGGCCUUGUCAACGUCCUGGUGCACAGACUCAGCCUCCCCAGGCUUGUGAGCCCCGAGCAGCUUUAGGGGACUCCUGGCAGCAGUGAGGGGCCUGGCUCAUCUGUCACCCGGCAGGUGACACCUCUCUGUACCAGACCAAGGCCAGGCAGAGUCAGUCCCCGUGGGCCCCAGUCCUGACCAGAUGACAGGUAAAUGGCACUGAGUCUCCUUUCCCCCACAGGCCGGACCUGGCCACCGAGGAUCAGGAAACGAGGUGGGUGUGACGCUGGGUGAUUGGUGACCUUUUCCGAGGGUUCUGAGUGGAGCCCAGCCUCGCGACAGCUGCAGCACGGCUUACUGGGGGCGAGGGGUGCUGCCCCGGGAGUGCGGGGCAGUGGUCACCCAAGCCCAUCACCCUGCCCUGGACGGCAGGGGUGCAGUCACACGGGCAGGUUGCUCGUGACCAGGUGACGUCACCGACCCAUCACUCUUACGAGUCCUUCUUUUGCCUUUUUAUACUUUUAAACGUGUCCUCAUCUUCAAAAUCCCCAGAGAGUGUCUGGUGGACAGUCGAUGAUGUUGAAGGAAGGAGGACAGGCAGAU